AUGUCUGAAAAUAAUGAUUCACUAAAACAAUGUUUGAUUUGCGGUGACAAAGCUAUUGGCAAUAAUUUUAAUGCUUUAUCGUGUGAAUCUUGUAAAUCAUUUUUCAGACGCAAUGCACUUAAAUUCAAACAAUUAAAAUGUCAUUACAACCAAAAGUGUACAAUCAAUACAUUUAACAGAAAGUUUUGUAAGAAAUGCCGUCUCGAAAAAUGUUUUACAGUGGGGAUGAAUAAAAAAAAAAUUAUCUCAAGUCAUGAAAAGAUGAUAAAGAAAUUUGAAAAAUUAAAAAAUGAUAAACAAAUUGAUAACAGCAAUAAUGUUGAAUUACAUGACAAUCAAUUGGAAAUUUCAAGUGAUCAAGUAGAUGCUAUUGAUAAUUUAUCAAUAAACAUAGACCAUCAAUAUGUCGAUUAUUAUGGUGCCCUGGAUCAAUUUGUUAAUAAUCAAAAUAGUGACCAAAUUUUCGAUAACAUAUCAGAUCUUGUUUUUCAUGACACAGUAGAGCUUGAGUUUACAGUAUCACCCAUUGAAAGACCCGUUGCUGAUCAUAGAUAUACUUUUAAUGAGUUAGAGGGCUAUAAGAUGACUGAGCUGUUUGGGUCAAGCCAUCCAUUUACUGAACCUAAAAGUCGCCAAAUUAGACGCGCUAUGAAUUAUGCCGACCUGUAUAUGGCAAUGACAUAUAAGAUAGACCAACAAAUGUUAAGAUUAAUAAAUAUGUCGAAAAGUUUGUCCACAUUUAAUACAAUUUGUGAAAACGAUAAGAUAUGUCUCAUCAAAUACGGAGCACUCGAACUGUUCUGUUUACGUGCCGUUCCCUUCUAUGAUUGUCUUCUAAAUCAGUGGACAUAUACUCUGGUUAGUUGUCGACGAAGAGACGUCAGUUAUUAUAAGUUUAGAGUUAACUCGAAAUUUUCCAUUCAAUCUCUACGAAUGUUAUAA